AUGCCGCCCACGCAACUACCAGCGAACGGGAACCCGUUAGUAUUCUUCGACAUCACAAUCGGCGGAGAACCACUCGGCCGAAUAACCUUCGAGCUCUUCAAAGAUGUAGUCCCCAAGACGGCGGAGAAUUUCCGGCAGUUCUGCACAGGGGAGAGUAAGAAUCACUUGGGCAGACCGCAGGGGUAUCGGGGGUGUAAAUUUCAUCGGAUUAUCAAAGACUUCAUGAUCCAAGGCGGCGACUUCCUCUCCGGCGACGGCACAGGCUCCACCUGCAUCUACGGCACCAAAACCUUCGCAGACGAGAACUUCACCAUCAAACACACGCAGCCCGGUCUCCUAUCGAUGGCGAACGCGGGCCCAAACGGGAACGGGAGCCAGUUCUUCAUUACCACCGUAGCGACGCCGUUUCUGGACGGCAAGCAUGUGGUGUUUGGGAAGGUGGUGGACGGCAUGGAUACGGUGCGGAAGAUGGAGGCCACCAAGACGGGGUAUCGGGGGAAGGAUGUGCCGAAUUUGGAUGUGGUUGUUGGGAUGUGUGGGGAGAUGUGA